GGUCUCACAGCCUCGCUCUCUGCACCUCCUAGCUGUGGCGAGGGACCGUUCUGCCCACCACCUCGAGAGUUGUCAACGGUAGCUCCCAGUGGUACUGAAAUUGAUACUGUGAUUGCCUGAUUGGAAUCAAGAAACCCUAAAUUGAGUCAAGAGCAUGCAGCAGCCUGGUAUGUUUCCCAAGUCUUUGCGUGUCUAUUGUGAGAGAGCUUUUGCUCGUUGUAAAGACGAAAAGCAAAUGGCAGCAUGUCAAGCUGUAAUGAAAGAGAUGAAGGCAAUAGUUGAUGGUACACUAUAUACACAAAAUUGGGAUAUGGAACCACUCUUCCCAAUGCCAGAUGCAGAUAAUGCCAAUAAAGUGUUGGUUUACGUAAAGAAGUUUAGCUGUUUUGUUGGAGAAGACACCAUAACUUGGCUAUCUUUUGAUGGAAAUUUAUAUUUAUUUUCAGUUGUAUUGACUAUUGAACUUUUAAAGUUCUUUAAUUGUCAUAUUUAAAUUUCUUUUGUCGUUAAAUUUCAUUUGAUUAAGACUUUGUUGGCUAUUGUAUAUUUGUGUUUGUCGAUUUCAAUGUUAUGACUUUGUGAAA